AUGUUUAGCUCUUUAAAUUUUCUUAAACCAGGAUUCAAGGUAUCGAAUAUAUUUCAUCGCAAUAAGAAUGAUAUAAAGCCAACUAAUGAUGCAGAUAUAGCUGAGGGUAAUUUGGCUGCUAAAGAAGGGCCAGAAAUUGUUACUGAUGAAACAGUUGAUCAAGGCCCUCAAUUUAUUGAUGAACUUGCCAAUAUUCCUGUUAUGCAAAUGGAUGAGUUUAUUAAUAAAUUUAUUGAACAAAAUGUAGAAGAGCAAAUUGAUAUAUAUAAGGCUCUUCAGCGGAGAUGGAAGGUUACUAUGUGGAAUUUUAUAGUAGAGAAUUUUUCAGAUGAAUGUAAUCUUUUUUUGGAAAUCGAUUUUGGAACAUCAAGAGAUGAAUAUAGAGUAAGAGAUGAAUCUCAUGAGUACAUUUUGGCGGAUGGAUCAUUAAAACAUCGCAUAAGAAGUCCAGUUAUUCAUAAUCUUGUUAAGGGUAAACCUCAAAGUAUUGAUUUUAGUCCUGUAUUUGAAUAUCGUGGUUCUUAUAAUGAUCUUGAACGAGAGAAAUUAAAGAUUUCCGCUUGGAAAUAUCAUAAUCUUAGACUAAAUACUUUGGAUGCUAUAUUUGAAGUUAAAUUACUAGUUUGUGCUAAUUCUGAGAUACAGCAAAAUUUCACACUGGUUCGGUUGAUAGAAAAUAACAAGACAGAAGAAAUAUACAAAGUUACAUUCAAUCUCUACUUUCAAGAACUUUAUGAUUUUCAGUUAUCAUUCAAAAGAUGGGAAGUAAAAAGAUUACUUACAUACUCAGAUAUGAUGGACAAACUUAACCAAACAUCUAAUAAGGGAAAUAGAUUAAGCUUAAAUAAUGCUGUACAUUAUCAGUCUAUAUAUAAUAUUGAUGAUUUCAAAACAAUAAAGGAUGAAUUUAUUUAUGAUAUCGAGAAGGAUUUGCAAAAAAGAUUUGAAUCACAACCACUUCAAUAUAGAGAUAAUUUCGUUGUAAAUAAUUCAGAGUCUAUAGAGAAGGUAGAAAAUCUAGAAUCUCAUAUUGUUAAUAUUCCUGAUACUGAAGUAGAUCCAAAAGUAGUUUUAAAUAGUUUGUCUCAAAAUGAUGGUCAGAGUAGUAAUAUCUCAGUAUAUUGGAAAAAUAUAUUGAAUAUAUUUGGUAUAAGAGAGAGAACUCCUCGAUUAUUAGAAAAAAAAGAUAGUCUUUUAUAUGAGCAGGAAUUAAGCCAAUCUUCGCUACAUCCUUCAACAUGCUGUCCUAGAUUACGAAUUUAUCUAACGUGGCCAAAUCCCUUUAAAGUGUUUAAGAUUUCAAGUAGUAUUCAGAGUAAGACUAAUUGGCCAAUAUGGGAUAGUAUUGGAGCAAUGUACUUCCGUGGGACUAUUGCAGAUUUAGAAAAUAGUUUCUUGGAUAUUGAAAUAGUUGAUACAACAAAAGAUAGGAAACAUAAUGUUCAAGCAAAAGCGCAUAUUCCAUUAAAGGGGCUAAUUGAAAGUAGCACAGUUGUAGAAUCAACAUUGACUAGUCCCUUAUGGUUAACAGAAUCUAGUAAAUCUCAAAUUAGAAGUGAUUUAUCUACAUGGUAUUUUGGAACAAUUUUAGGCACAAUAUCAUUUAUUCACUAUCCUUUACAGAGGCAAAAAGGAGGUCUUAUACAUUUUAUUCCAGAUAGGGUAUAUCUUCUUGUGAAAAUAAAACAGGUUGAUAAUAUAGUUACUUUUGAAAAUUUAGAUUUUGCACAAAUAAGAGCAUCUGUUACUCAUCAUGGGCUAACUGCAAGAACUAGUGGAGUUGGGAAGUCUUCUAGAUCAUCAUCUUCAUCUUUAUUCAGUGACUAUAUCGUUUUUCCACUGCAGUUACCUCCUAUUUCACAGUUAUAUGCCCAUCAUUUAGAGAGUUUAGGUGAUGUAUAUAUAGAUCUAUGGGUUAACUCAAUAGAUCAAAUUAAGAAGGUAGAACAUGCCGGUUUUACAUCAUUUACUAUAUGGGACACUUUAUUUACAGCAAAAGGAAUGAAACGAUCUGUAACAGAAAAAGUAACUACUUCUUAUAUUUAUGGAGAACAAAAUAAACUGAAGGUUAGGUUAUUAGAACAAAGUACACAGCUAAAAUUCUUAUUUCCAACAGAAAGAACAGCAAAUAUCUCUUUUGAGGCAUUUAUCACACCUGAUAUAUUAAAUUUAAAGGGGGAUAGUACUAAUUCUUUAUUCAAUAAGAAGAAGGAGAUUGGAGAAACAAUAGAUAUAUUUUUAAGAAGUAGAAUAGAAUUAUCUCCAAGUCAGGCUCCAAAGACUUUUGUGAGUAACAAAGUAAAUAUAAAGCUGAUACUCGAUAAAAAAGUCGGUUCAAGUGCCUCACAAAGAUUUUUCUUGUAUUCUGCAUUUAAUCACAGAGGAAACGAGUUGUUAUUGUGUCAAUUUGUAGGUCCGAUUCCAUCUCCAUUAACAAAUACUACGCCUAAUAGUAUAUUUCAUUAUAUUCGAUGUGUUCCAUUUAUAACUAGUACCUAUAGAGAUCCUCCUAAGAAAGUGAAAGAUAAACUCAUUGAGGGUACUCCAGGAAUAAAAACAAAAGGUUUUUCAGUAUCUGGAUUGGAUUUGGAGACAUUCACACUAAAGAAAUCAAGUUAUUGGUUUACUCCAGAUUUCACUCUUCUCAAUAAUGGUGGUAAUGUAAUAGAUCAUUGUUUGUUGCAAGUUUCAAUGUUAUUACAGCUGAAAGUUCAAUCAUUUGUAUGUAUAGGAACUGUUGGUAGAGGUUUGAUUCAUUAUUGGGUUAUGACAUGGCAUUUUAAUGAGGUGAAUAAUAUGACAAUAGUCAAAUUUUGGGAGGUAACGAAUGGACAGGUGUAUACAUUAAAAAAUCGUUUUUUAGAUACAGUAAGAGCUAGAGAAGUUUCUAUAAGAUUUAGAAAAAGAGAGCGUUUGUUAUCUAAGCAGAUGCAAAACAAUGAAGAAAAUCAGGAUCAACUUCCACCGGAAAAUUUAUUAAAAGUAGUAAGGUUACCCUACAAAACUAUUGAUACCAUAUUUAAUGAGUGCAAUAUGUGGUAUAAUGUACAAAGUAGUGCUAAUCCAGGAAAUAUAUACUAUGAUUUAUGGAAUACUUCAUAUUUUGUUAGCUGUACUGAUUCUCCAAUGGACUAUCCACUGGGAUUUCGUUACCAACCAUAUUCCUCAAAACCUACAAUAUCUUCAAUUACUAGUAUGAAAGGUACUGUAAAGAAUAUGUUGAUGUAUGAAAUACAAACUCACAGGAAUUCUCAAAAUUUAACGACAAGAUGGAACCGUGAUCCAAAUUUAGAGGGUUUUUUGGAGAAGGGGUUAGAUUUACUUGAGCAGGCAGAAAUAGCAGAUGAUGAUGGUGAGGUAUUAGCUUUGGCAAAGUUUAGAGAUUGGAAAACUGCAAUGGAAUCAAAGGUUCCACCAAUGCACAGAUUGUUGGGAUUUCCUCUAUCUUUCAACCAUGCAGAUACAAAAAUAAUUUUAGAUACUUUGUUAGGUAAAUUAGAAGUUAUUUAUACAAGAGAACACUCUGCAACUUUUAGCAUUGCAGUAACAGUGAAUGGAUACCCUGGAAGUAUUAUCUGCACAAGAGUUUUUUUAGUAGUUGUACAAAAAGUUAGUGAGAGAGAAAGAAGGAAGAUUUUGGAGAAAAGAGAACAAGAGCGCAUAAGAAGAGAGGAAAAACUUAAAAGGAAGGUUUCAAUUGCAGUAGCAAAGUUAUUAGAUACUAAUCCUGAUGAGCUGCUAUCAUCACAAGAUGAGGAGAGAAGGUUAACAAAAGCAACCUCAAAUAUCGAAGCUGAUGUUGUAGAUCUUCAGAAAGAUAGACAUAGUGAUCAAAAUUUAGAUACAGAACAACCCCAAGAUAAAACUGAAAGUUUGAGUGGGAUAGCUCAAGAUUCUGCUGUGACAGGAAGCAUGGUUGGAGAAUCCUUAUUAGGAGAUAUACAAAGAAAGAAAGGGAAAGCUAGGCGCAAAAGAAAGGUUCAAUUACCCGAAGGAAGCAUAGGGGGGAAUUUGUGGAUUGCACGCCAAAUUGUAGAUGACAACAAUUUUGUGACAUUGAUAGAGAAUAUAGAAGAAAUUAUCAGCAAUGCAUUGUUGAUAUCACCUGAUAGAGUAUGUGGUACUGAAGUCAAUUACGAAGGUCAGAGAAUUGCAUUUUCAAUAUUACCAGAUAAUGAAGAUCAAAAUGCCCCCACACCAUUGGAUUUAAUGUAUGAGUUUGCACUGAAAAUAGAUGAGUUACUUCAGGAAGAUAAACAUUUCAUUGAAUUUACGGGUGGAGAUGCUGUACUUGAAUGGGACUACUCUCAGGUUGAAGAUAAAGAUGAUAUUACUGCGAAAUCAGAAUAUUCAGAGAAGCCUGUAAGAUUAGAGGAGCCACAAGUAAAUAGUGAGGUUGAUAAUAGUGAAGCAAUUAAAGCAGAAGAAGAUAACAAAUAUGAGUCAGAACAUAAAAUAGAUACACAUGAAGAAGUUGAAGCUAAUUUAUCGGAAGAAAAUAAGGAGAAUAAAGAAUCACUACUAGCCGAUACUACAGAGAAGAAUAUUCAGAAAAGUAGCUUCACAGAUUCUUCAGAUAAUAGCUUCACAGAUUCUUCAGAUAAUAGCUUCACAGAUUCUUCAGAUAAUAGUCCUAAAUUAGAGGAAAAUAAAAAAAAAAGAUUUUUAAGACGUGGGCCAAGUUUGGAUGGUGAAGAUGAUGAGAGUGGAAAUCAGGUUAAAUUAAUCCUAGAUGAUCAUAAGGAAAACUUAGGUAAUCAGGAACAAACUAGUAAAUUAUUAGAUAAUAGUAAAGUAUUAGAAGUGGGGAAAACCUCAACACAGCCUAUUCAAGAAAAAAGAGAUGGUGAAUUACCUACAUUGAUGGAGAGCAAAUAUAGAGUAUUAGGAGAUAACAAAUCUUCACCAAAGGUAGAUAAAAAGGGCAGAGUAUUAAUUAAUGGUGUUACUAGAGAUAGAGUAAAACGAUUUACAAGGAGUGGAAAAUAUAUUAUAUACAAGAGACCAGAGUACGAAGAAUCUCGAGCUAGAAAGAGACAGAUUGAGGAACAGAAACAUGAUGACUUAGAAGAGUCGCAAAUGUAUUAUCCUGCAGCAAAAUUAGCAAUAAGUUUAGCAAGAGGACAUAGCGAUAUUUCUAAGAGGGGUUUGCUAACUUCAGGUAUUAAAAAAACUACUCCAGCAACGCUAUCUUCAUCGCUCGUUACAGAGGAAUCAAUUAAACUUGAGAGAAAUAGGAGUUCCAAUGAAUUGUUAAAUUUGAUAUUUAAGGGUAAAGAAGAAUCUCUGUAUGAUCUAGUACCGGAAAAUUCAUUUAAUUAUGAGGAACAGAAUUUAGCUAAUAGCAAAACAAAUAUAUUAGAUUAA